AUGCUUAGCAAACUUCUUAAGUUCAACGGUGCUACUCUUCAAGGUACUGGUAAAUACUACGGUCUUGAUAGAUUCGGUAUCGUCAAUAAGAACAUCCUCUACAACCCCAGUGUUGCCUAAUUAUACGAAAUUGCCACUUCUUGCAUUCCUCCCUCUGAUCCCUGGACUGCCACCAACCAAAUCAGUUCCACUGGUGCUCUCGUCGCCUACUCUGGUCAAAGAACUGGUCGUACCCCCAAGGAGAAGAGAAUCGUCCUCAACGAAGCCUCAAAGGACACCAUCUGGUGGGGUGAUGUCAACAUCCCUGUUUGUGAAGAAUCUCACUAAUUCUGCAGAGAUUUGACCCUCAAGUACCUCAACCAAAAGAAGAGAGUUUACAUUAUCGAUGGUUAUGCUGGUUGGGAUCCUAAGUACAGAUUAAAAGUUAGAGUUGUCUGCAGUAGAUCUUACCACGCUCUUUUCAUGAAGAAUAUGUUAAUUAGACCUACCGCUGAAGAAUUAGCUAGAGACUUCUCCGAUGACAAGAACAUCGAUUUCCACAUCUUCAACGCUGGUGAAAUGAAGGCCCCCGUCCCCAUUAAGGAUCUUACCAGUGAAACCACCGUUUAAGUCAACUUCAAGAGUAACGAAAUCGUUAUCUUAGGUACUUAAUACGCUGGUGAAAUGAAAAAGGGUGUUUUCGGUGUUAUGCACUACAAGAUGCCUCAAAAGGGUAUUCUCUCUCUCCACUCCUCUGCUACUGAAGGUGCUAAGGGUGAUAUUACUCUUUUCUUCGGUCUUUCUGGUACUGGUAAGACCACUCUUUCUGCUGAUCCCAACAGAAAAUUAUUGGGUGAUGAUGAACACUGCUGGAGUGAUGAUGGUGUCUUCAACAUCGAAGGUGGUUGCUACGCUAAGGCUAUUGAUCUCAGCAGAGAAAAAGAACCUGAAAUCUUCGAUGCUAUCAGAUUUGGUGCUGUCUUAGAAAACGUUAAAUUCCUUGAUAAGAGUACUAGAGAAGUCAACUACACUGAUAUCUCUAUCACCGAAAAUACUAGAGCUUGCUAUCCCUUAGAACACAUUCCCAACGCUAAGUUCCCCUCUGUUGGUGGCCAUCCUAACAACAUCAUUUUCUUAACUUGUGAUGCCUACGGUGUUUUACCUCCCGUUGCUAAGUUGACCCCUGAACAAGCUAUGUAUCACUUCAUCUCUGGUUACACUGCUAAGGUUGCUGGUACUGAAGUUGGUAUUGUUGAACCCCAAGCUACCUUCUCCGCUUGCUUCGGUGAAGCUUUCUUGCCCCUCCACCCCACUUUCUAUGCUGAUAUGCUCGCCAAGAAGAUUCAAAAGCACAACACUCACGUCUGGAUUGUUAACACUGGCUGGUCUGGUGGUAAGUACGGUGUUGGUAAGAGAAUGAGUCUCAAGGUUACCAGAAAGAUUAUCGAUGCCAUCCACAGUGGUGAAUUAGAAAAGGCUGAAUACACUAACUUAGAAUUAUUCAACUUCAAGGUUCCCAAGCAAAUUACUGGUGUUGACUCUUCUAUCUUAAUGCCCAAGAAUACCUGGACUGAUAAGGCUGCUUACGAUGCUGAAUUAAGAAAGCUCGCUGGUAUGUUCCAAAAGAACUUCAAGAAGUAUCAAGAUAAGGCCACUAAGGAAGUCAUUAAUGCUGGUCCCGUUCUCUGA